GGGAGUCGAGUUCACAACCCCACUUCCGGUUUGACAUUCACGACCUGCCCGUUCUAAACAUGGCCACCUCCAUGGCGUUCCGGAGAGAAUUUGGCUCCCUGGCAAGGAUAUUGAGAGGAAUAUCAUAUUCGGGACAAGGCGUUUUGAGCUCCUGUGCAGCAUCUACGAAUUGCCUUGCAAUGCGGUUUCCACCCUCUUUGACCCGAGGACCAUCCUUCCACACAGCAGCAGCAGCACUUUCAUCAACACCGUCGCCAAUCACGAUCACAGAACAGCCGGACACACUUUUCCAGAAGGUGACCGUGUUGGUUAAAGGUCACGAUCAGGGUGUCUUGGAUAGCUAUGAGUACUUUGCCACCAUGGCGGCAAAAGAGCUGGGCAUCACCGUCAGCAACUUCUUUGAACCCCCCAAGGACAUAGAGAGGCUUACAGUACUGAAGUCUGUUCACAUCUACAAAAAGCACAGGGUUCAGUAUGAGAUGAGGACACACUACAGGUGCAUUGAGCUGUCUCAUCUAACAGGCUCCACAGCACAGGUGUAUCUGGAAUACAUCCAAAGAAACAUUCCAGAAAGCAUAGCCAUGCAGGUGACAAAAACUGCAAUGGAGAAAGUUCCAGACCAUAUCACAGAGCCCAUGUGGAACGAUGAGCCCGCUGAGGAAGCCCGGCAGAAGCCUAGCCAAUAGCAUGCCUACUUGUCACGUAUUGUGUCAGUGUGUGUUUUAAAUAAUAAUAAAUGCAAAUAUUGACAGUGCAGUCCCAGUUUUUUGUAUUGAUAUGUUGUAAAAUAAACAGUACCAGCACA